AUGGCCAACCUGUCCAGCCCCCAGAAGCUGGCCAUCAUCAACGACUACCUCGACACCUCAGCCCCGCACUUCUCCCACGUCCCGCCCUCCCCCCACGUCCCGCCCUCCCGCCUGCAGAUAAGCACAUACAAGGACACAAUCAUACCACACAAUGAGGCCGAGACAGCCCGGCUGGUCGAGCGCCUAAAGCCCUACGCCCUCGUCUCGAGCAUGCGCGAGCGCACCGCCUUCCCCGGCGACCUGCUCCGCAGGCUGCCGAACCUGAAGCUGCUCCUCGCCACGGGCACGCAGUUCGAGGAGUUCGACCUCGCCGCCGCGCGGGAUCUCGGCAUCGCCGUCGUCGCGGCCCCGGGGCUCGGGCGCACCGACGACGCCUCGGGCCAUCGGCGGCCGGAUAUCCGCCGCGGAGGCGGGCACCCCACCACGCAGCACGCGUGGACCCUCCUUCUGGCGCUGGCGCGCAACGUCGCCGCCGACGACGCGGCGAUCAAGGCCUCCGGGUCCCCCGCGGCCGAGGAUGCGGACCAGCUCGCGUGGCAGAGCGGCCUGGCGACGGGGCUGACGGGCCUCACCCUCGGCGUCGUGGGGCUGGGCCGGCUCGGGGCCGCGGUGGCGCGCAUCGGACACCUGGCGUGGGGGAUGCGCGUGACGUGCUGGAGCGAGAACCUGACGCAGGAGCGGGCGGACGCCAUGGCGGCGCAGGUGGGGCUUUCUCCGGACGAGGGGCCGGGGGGGACCAAGACGUUCCGGGCCGUGUCCAAGGACGAGCUCUUUGCGGGAGCAGACGCAGUGAGCCUUCACUAUGUGCUGAGCGGGCGGUCUCGCGGCAUCGUGGGCGCGCGGGAGCUCGGGCUGAUGAAGCCCUCGGCGCUGCUGGUUAACACGUCGCGGGGGCCGCUGGUUGACCAAGCUGCGCUGGUGGACGCGCUGGAGAGGGGGAGCAUCCACGGGGCGGCGAUGGAUGUAUUUGACGUCGAGCCGCUGCCGCGCGACAGUCCCUGGAGAAGGGCUGAUUAUUGGGGCAGGGACGGGCGGUCAAGGGUGUUGACGACGCCCCAUAUGGGCUAUGUCAACGAGGACCUUAUGAAUGCUUGGUACGCCGAGACCGCCGAGAACGUAGAGCGGUGGCUUGAUGGGCGUGAACUUCUUCAUCGCAUUGCAUAA